AUGGUCGAACAUCUGCAGCAUGUUGCGGAGGUCCUGAAAUGCCUGAGAGAAUUCCACCUCUUCCUCAAAGCAGAAAAGUGCUCUUUCCACCAGUCCUCAGUGCAGUUUCUUGGUUACAGCAUCAGCAGCCGGGGCAUCCAGAUAGACGAGAGGAAAGUGGAGGCCAUAAGAAACUGGCCAACUCUGACUACCAUCAAGGAACUCAAGUGCUUAUUAGGCUUUGCAAACUUGUACAGACGGUUCUUUCAGAACUACAGCACUAUCACUAGUCCACUCACCAGCCUGCUGAAAAACAAGCCCAAGUCUCUGUCCUGGUCACCAUCUGCCACCGAAGCUUUCCAAUGA